AUGAACUUGGAAUACGAUUCAGAGGAAUCUUUUGCCGUCUUUAACAACCCGAACCUACCCUCUACUUUAGCUUAUAGCACGGAGUUCUUCGGUGAGCUGGUCGAUUACGAAGUUUUCUCCGGAAAGAUUGGCCACGAGAUGUUGGACACUAAAGACGUGGUAGUCUGGUCUUUGGAGGAGCUAGGUUACACAAACGACGCGCCGAUUGUUUACGCCGAUGGCCGAAUCAACAACCAGGCGCACCCGCCGGACUACUACGCAUACAGCAGCCCGCUCGCAGACAGUUGGCAGGAAGGCUUACGGCAAAUUGAAGACUUCGAUUGGUCCAAUGGUAAAGAGGGUCUGCAGAAUCCUGGUAAAUCGGAUAGCGAAGUUCAUGAUGAGGAAGAAUUUGACAGUGUCGCUGGCACAUUGUGCCCAAUCGGUCAAGACAAAGACUGUGAUCUCUUCAACGGCGACUCUGCGCACGCACGUGAAAGAACACACCUACCGAACGACCGACCGGAAGAUCGAGCUUUCGACUCAGAGGACCUGCCAUUAGUGAACGAUAUCGCGCCUGUCACCGAAGUCACCGAGACUGUUGUAUCGCUUCCAUCUACCGAGCAUGUUGGAUUAAAUUCGCGUAUCGACGAUGGACAACAUGUUGCGGCCCAAGAUUACAUGGACAUUGACGGCGUAUCGAUCGCCACUGCCGCUAGAUGUGGUGAUAUCAGUUCUAGGAUUGAAGGCGGGAUUACUGCAGAACAAGGGACAGUUAUGAUGCCUGAGCCGGCGGCCUGCCAAGAAAAGCAUUUUGCAGGUGGCAUCGCGGCCGAGGCGAAACCUUGUGCCAGCCCAAACCACAACAACGGAGUCAAGGCCUCGACCGUUCUUUAUUCGCCAGCUUCUUCAUACCACGGUAUCCACACUGCACACGGAUCAGACUUGGAGGUUCCCGCACAAAUCGUCAAGGCGUCUGACGUACCGAAGAGAGACACACCCAUCAGCGAUGCGCCGGAAAUUAGACCUGAACAUACGACUGUCAGUCAAGCCAGUUCCUCGGCGCUGAGUGAGGGCGAUUCAACUGGUUCACCAGAAUCUCCUAAGGUACUAUCGCGGAGGGAAGAGAACGUUGAUGGGCCUAGGCAAACGCAGCUACGAGAUGCAGCUGACAACAUAUCUCCCGUUGGUCUUGCCGAGCUUUUACCAUCGGAAUACCGUGAUCGAAAUAUUCACUCCUUCAAGCCAUCUCCGGAGAUCAUCAGCGACGAGGUGUCUAUGCGACAUAGUUCACAGCUAGCGGCCCCGUUACCAGCCCAGCAAUCCAAGGAAAACGCAUCUUUGCCGCCACUACUCUUCGCGUCUCAACAUGAUGCACUAGGUGAUGAAGGGUUAGGGCCAAUAACUGCUGAAGCAUCUACAAGCAAACAGAAUACAUCUGCGACACAGCUAGCUCAGAGGCCGUCGAAUCUUCUGUCUCCAUCCAAGGUCGAACCGCCUGACGCGAGAGCCGAAGACCAGGUUAUUAUAUCCGACCUAGAAAGAAGCAAAACUGCCGAUUGGAUACCUGAGAACGGUCUCGUAGAAGGCAGUUCGUCUAUUGGAGAUCAAGACAGGGCCAAGGAUAUAUAUUCUCCACUGCCAUCCACAUUACCUCUAGGCUCUCCAACGCCGACUCCAGCACCAGAAGGUCGAACCAUUCGCAAACGCUCUAAAUCGUCAAACACGACCAAGAACGCAUCAGAGACAGACUCAGACGCCCCACCGAGGAAGAAGGCGAGGAGAGGUACGCCUGCGGAGCCACGUCCUAGCGCCGUCAAGGAGCGGAGUAAGGCGUUCGAAGAGCUGAAAUUCAAACCCGCGCCAUCGUUCGCGAAGAUCAGACGUGGUGCGGUCAAUGCAGAGAAGGAGAUCACUUCUAUGGACGAGGCGGAUGAAGAAUCGCAGAGCAUGAUUUUGAGUAGUGAUACGGAGAUGCGAUGUUCUGAUCACGAAGGCAACGAUGCCGAUAUGGAAGGGCACUACAGCGACGUUGAGGUUCCAGUGACACCCAGCAAGUACGUUCCUCCAGUUGAAGAAGUCCCCAGCAUAUCAAAAUCCAGACAAAAUGUCUCCCACCGUGAGCUUCAAGGUCUCAGCUCAACUCAAUACCGAGAUCGCCCUUCGAACGCGAAGCGAGACAUGAUACCUAUCUCACGGCAGCUUUUCAAGCUGGACACACUGGGUAAGCUCAGGCCACGUGCGAACGCUUUCGAACAAUCACCAGCCGUUCAUGGCAACGACCACGACUUAUUCGUCUCUGUUGAAGGUAGCGGUGCUACUGUUAGUACCCUGAAGAUGGACAAACCUCCCAUGGCAGAACCUAAAGCUACUCCAGAGCUGAUGGAGAAGCAAGAGAACUCCAAAGCAUUAGCAAUGGUUAUCAUGGAGCGUCCCGAUGCUCGUCCUGCAAGGAGACAAAAGAAUGAACCUAUGGAAGACGAAGAGGAAGAGGAAGGUUUAUUCCCAGCAUCCGAGAUAGACACAGCAAAGCCUGCUCCAUUACCAGAACUUACCGCGCCUCCAAGAGGACUCUUCACGAACGCUCGCAGAGCAACAAGAACACGGAACGUUAACCAGAACGGGGACAUCACGCCGGCGGCCGAAAAUAAUCCUGUUAGAGAUAAUAGUGGUUCACGCGAUGAUGAUUCAUCGUCUGGAAUUAGCGAGCCUGGAGACGUUGAAGACCUUUCAGAAGAGCAAGAUAUCCACUUCGAGGACGCACAAGAGACCAUUGAGACGCCUUACAAAGAUGAUGAAGCUGAUGAAGACUACUCCGAUACUUCCGUCCCAGUUAGUAAGAAGCCCAAGCUUGAGAGAAAGUCCUCAAUGCUGGGCAAUCAAUCGCUCAGUCGAAUGAACUCUCGCAAGGAUACACCAGCAUCUAGUGUUGCUUCCCCUAAAGCCGCACCAGCCACGAACAAAUACGGUUUCAAGCCAUCUCCAAAAGGCUCACGAACACCACGAACACGGGCAGGGUGUAAGGCAGCUGUCAGUUCUGCAGCGCCCACUCCUCUGGUGUCAAAACCAGUAUCCGCCCCGAAGGCCAGGGUACCCCCGAAGCGUAAAGCGAAGACCACUUGUAGUAAAACAAAGGCGGAUAUGAAAGAGCAUGAAGAAGCGUUACCCUUCGUAUCUGAUAUCACAGCGAAAGGCAAGGCCAAAAGGUCUACCUCAGUAGCUACGGCUACUUCCGGGCCAUCAAACCAGCCUUCUGUACGUAAAACGCGUCAUGCGUCCGCGAUGGAAAAUCAGAGCAAAACCGCGCGAAGAGAAGAGAGCAAAGUGGUGGAAGAUAAAACUAAGGCUGCAGGCAAGGCAAGGCAAGGCAGAAAGGUUUGA